AUGACAGCUACGAAUGCAUUGGUGUCUGGUACGGUCCACCAGCAUGCAUCACAGGUACUGUUGGCAACGGCUGUCGUUAUAAUUGAGGAUGACAAUGGCUGUCGCCAUCACGCUCGCGCUCUUCUGGACUCAGGGUCGGAGAGCAAUUUUAUCACUAAGCGAUUGAGUCAGCUGAUGAAGGUAACUCGCGACCGAGUGGAUAUAUCGGUGCUCGGGAUUGGACAAGCGACCAUCAAGGUCAAACAAAGGGUACACGCAUUGGUGCGCUCACGAGUGUCUCAGUUCUCACGUGAACUAGACUUUCUGGUUCUCCCGAAGGUGACGGUGAACCUGCCAACAAUCAGAGUGGAUACGAAUGGAUGGUCGCUUCCAAGCGGAAUUAAAUUGGCUGAUCCCGCAUUUUUCGAACCGAACGCAGUGGAUCUCGUUCUCGGUAUCGAACACUUUUUCGAUUUCUUCGAAACUGGUCGAAGAAUGUCCCUGGGAGAAGGUAAUCCAGCUCUCCAUGAGUCCUUAUUUGGAUGGAUAGUAAGCGGUGGUGUCUCUGUUCCAUCUCGCUCUCUCCAAAUCACAUGCAAUGUAUCGAUGCUGGAUGAGUUAGAUGCAUUGAUCUAUCGUUUCUUGUCCUGUGAGGAGGUUGAGUCAGGCAAGGCUCACUCGCCGGAGGAAACACAGUGUGAAGACAUCUUUGACAGCACAGUACAACGAGGUUCGGACGGUCGGUACACCGUCUCAUUACCGAUGAAUGAAGACGCCGUCUCACGGGUGGGCGAUUCAAGGGACAUCGCAUACCGGCGUCUCCAAGGAACGGAACGCAGACUGGCUAAGGAUUCAUCGCUUCGGGAACAAUACAAUGCUUUUAUGGAGGACUACAUCAAGCUCGGUCACAUGCGUGAGGUGGUUGAAACGGAUACGGAGUUGGUUAAACGGUGCUUCCUCCCACACCAUCCAGUCAUCAAGGAGGCUAGUACCACAACCAAGGUGAGGGUGGUUUUCGACGCGUCGUGCAACGGAGUGUCACUCAACGACGUGCUAAUGACAGGGGCAGUCAUUCAGGAGGACCUUCGAUCCAUUACACUCCGCAGUCGGACAAAACAAAUCAUGCUUGUGUCGGACGUUGAUAAAAUGUUCCGACAAAUUCUUGUUCACCUACUGGAACGUGCAUUGCAGUGCAUUCUGUGGCGCUUUUCACCUGCGGAAUGUGUUCAUCUGUACGAGCUCAACACCGUGACAUAUGGUACUAAAUCGGCACCUUUCCUGGCGACAAUAACGCUCAAACAGCUAGCCUUGGAUGAAGAGGCACAAUAUCCACUCGCAGCGAGAGCGGUUCUCGAUGACACCUACAUGGACGAUGUCAUUACAGGGGCGGACGACGAAGAAACAGCAACCACAUUGCGGGUACAGCUGAACACAAUGAUGUCAAGUGGUGGAUUCAAGCAGCGGAAAUGGGCUUCGAAUUGCCCAGCGGUGCUGGAAGGAAUUCCGGAGGAAGACAUGGCGAUUCGGUCGUCAGAAGGGAUUGUUUUGGAUCCAGAUCCCUCAAUCAAAACACUGGGGCUAACUUGGAUGCCAGUCUCCGAUACUCUCAAGUACCAGUUUUCAGUUCCUAGUCUGAACCCUGAUACAUCGCUCACUAAACGAUACGUGCUGUCAGUAAUUGCCACACUGUUUGACCCUCUGGGGCUCUUGGGAGCUGCCAUAACAUCGGCCAAGAUAUUUAUGCAACAAUUAUGGGCAUUACGUGACGGACAAGGUCAAAGGCUUGAUUGGGACCAGUCGCUACCAUCGACGGUGGGUGAGCCCUAG